AUGUCGUCGCCACAACAGCACCAGCAGCUCCACACCAUCCCUCCUGGGCUGACUAAUAUCGACCCGGCCCUGGAGGGCGUCGUCAAGAAUUUUAUGCGCUCGGAAAAAUACGCACGCAAGAUCAAGUACAUUGUCCGCGCCACCUCUGUUCCAGGACGUCAAAAUUACAAGUUCGCACCAGCGACGGCAUUGACACCACAGGAGACAAAGAUUUGGAGGACAAACUUGAUGCAGGACGAGGUCGCGUCCAACAACCCCUUCUGGACCGCUCGCUGGAUGAGGGUCUUUGGAACUGCACCCAGACUGGACGACAGCUUGCUCAAGGUCCCAUGGAUCAAGUGCGAAAGACCUGGCGCGAAUGAAGGAGAUCCAAAGGCUGCAUUGCCCCUGCACAGGAAGGAAACGUACCUCGAUUUGCGCGAUGACCAGAACAGGAACUGGGCCAUGGACAGGUACCGUGAUCUGGGACCAUAUGCGAUGCUGCUCUCUCAUUCGUGGACAGCCGCUUUCGCUGAAGGAAUCGCAUAUGCGCAAAAGGGGCAGCUGGAUGAUGCGAUUAAGGCAUAUUCACAGUCGAUCCAGAUCGACUCGAAGUGCAUUGAAGGAUAUAUCGCCCGCGGAUGCACGUUGGCGAACAUGAAGAAGUUCAGGGCUGCGAUUAUGGACUUUCGAGCUGCAUUGGGACUCGACCCUUCUAAUAUCUCUGCCCGUCAAUAUCUGGAAACAACCAUUGCUCAAGAGGAAGAGCAUCGCCUCAACCCUAUUCAUGAUGUGAACGCACAGCAAGCGCCAUCAAACAAACACGCCUUCCCUAUCAACAGCGACGCCUUUGAUCCAAACUCGAACCUAGACAACAUCAACGAGAUUGUUCUCGACACGGACAAUUUCGACAUGGCUGACGGUGGCAACAAGGCGAACCCUGAGCGGAAGAAGAAAAAGAAGAAGAGCAAGGCUAAGAGGCGGAAUCGAGGAGGACGCGAUGAACUGGAUCAUUAUGAUGGUAGUGAGCGAGCACGCGAUCUUGCCCGCGACCGCAACAGAGGUCGUGACAGGAGCCAUGAUCGGGGCAGGGAUAGGAGCCGUGACAGAAGUCGGGACCGGAGUCGUGAUCGAAGCCAUGACAGAAGUCGAGACAGGAGUCGUGACCGGAGCAGGGAUAGAAGCCGAGAUAGAGGUCAUGAUCGAUACUCGAGGAAGUCACGACGAGGAGGUGGUGGUGAGUCCCGUUCUCGGUCACCGCGUUCACCACGGUCACAUCGGUCAAAAACUAGGUCAAGAUCGCGAUCUCGCUCAAGGUCCACCAACAGGUCUCGUCGUCGUCUUCGUUCAAAGAGUCCGUUGAGGAAUCGCUCUCGGCAGAGAUCUACUUCCAGGUUGGGAAGCAACAGGAGACGUUCUCGAUCGCCUGUUCGUUCACGAUCGAGGUCUCGUUCUCGCUCUCCUUCAAGACGACUCUCUCGUGGAGGAUCUCAAUACCGCCCUGAACGUGCGCGAGAUGACAAGGAGAAGGACAAGAAGGACAGCGCUGACAAUAAACGCCAGCGGUCGAGGACAAGGAGCAGAUCGCCUUCUAGGGACCGGUCGAGACUCAAAUCGGAUCAUGCUACUUCAACUACCUCUCCUCAUCAUAAACAGGACACUGAGGAGCGAGGCAAGGAUCAAGUCAAGGACCAGCAGCGCAAGGAGAAGGAUUCCGAAACUGUUGCUGCUCCAUCAGUCAAGGAAGCGACCAAGGACGCGCCUAGCCAACCUCGGGAACCAGAGUCCACCACUGCUGCGACUGAGACAAAGGCACUUGCCCCAGUUGCUGAUGUUGAUGAGGCCAAGGCUGUUGUGGGGGCCUCUUCUGGCAAGGACAAGGGCAAGCCUGCUGAGGCUCGCACGAAGGACGAGAAAGAUACUAAGGAGACGGCUGUAGCCGCGAGGUCCUCCUCCAAGGAUCGAUCUGACGACAAAAAGGUGCAAGACAGUACCACCAAGGCUUCCGAGUCCGCUGACGCCUCCAAGGCCAAUAAGGAUAAAGACAAGGACACCAAGAGCCGACCAUCUGAACCCCUCGGAUCGCCUACUGGAAGCAACAACAAUAGCAGCAACAAGAGACCACGAGAGGCUGACACGUAUGAUGGCAGAGGACGACGCAGGGACCGAGACAGAACCCCAAGUUCUCCUAGGAGGAGAAAUAGUGGUGAUGGAGGAGGAUCUAAACUCCAUAGUCGGUCGAGGAGUCGAAGUGGGACUCGAAAUACUCGUGGUGGGCAGAGUCGAUCGACCAGCAAAGGCCGUGGUGGCCGUCGUUACAGCAGAGGGAGGAGUCAUUCUAAGGAUCGUGAUAGGAACCGAGACCGUCGACGCAGUCCGUCACCAAGUAGCCGGUCCAAGAGCGGCACCGACAAGACCCGUAACCAGAGUCGAUCGACGAGUCGGGCGCGAUCGCAUACGAACAAGGAUGGCAAGGAUACUAAGGACAAGGAUGGUGGUGGUAGCUCCAAGGCCAGGAGUCGAUCCAGGAGUCCACUCCCGAGUCGCUCGAAUAAUGCUGACCUCGGUGGUGGGCGUGAUAGGAGCCGGUCUGUCAGUCCAUCAAGACGGAAUGGUGGUCGGACGAGGACGCGAAGUCGAUCGCCUGUUAAGCGGGCUCGCGAUAAUAACAACAACAGUAACAAUCGGCGGGGACGAUCGGAUUCGAAGGGUCAGGGACCGCAGAGGAAGAGGACCAAGUCUGGGUCACCUGCUCGAUCUGGAGGUGGGGGUGGUGGAGGUGGUGGAAGUGGGAAGGGUGGGAAGCGAGGUGGAGGCAAGAACUUGUCAGGCGCCAACACGAUUGAGGUGUCGAAGGACUUUAUGGAGCAGCGCAAGAAGAUGAGGAUGAAGAAGGAUAGUCCUUCGCGAUCGCGCUCCCGAUAG